AUGACUCAGCGCGGUGGCACCACCUUCGGACAUCACCUCAUGCAGAACGUAGGCCUCGAGGUGCCCUGCGACUACCGGUCCAGCCAGAAGUGCACCUGCUACCGGCCCAACCGCCGCGAGACUUGGCUCUUCUCCCGCUUCUCCACUGGCUGGAGCUGCCAGCUGCACGCCGACUGGACCGAGCUCACCAACUGCGUGCCCGGCAUGCUGGACCGCCGCAACUCCGCCGCACUGCGCACACCCAGGAAGUUCUACUACAUCACCCCACUAGAAGACCCCAUGUCCCGCUACCUGAGCAAGUGGCGGCAUGUGCAGAGGGGUGCCACGUGGAAGAUGUCGUUGCAUAUGUGUGACUGGCGCACGCCCACGCCCGAGGAGCUGCCGCCCUACUACGAGGGCACGGACUGGUCGGGCUGCACACUGCAUGAGUUCAUGGACUGCCUGUACAACCUGGCCAACAACCACCAGGUUCGCAUGCUGGCCGACCUGAGCCUGGUGGCCUACUACAACCUGUCCUUCAUCCCCGAGGGCAAGCGUGCCCAGCUGCUGCUUGAGAGCGUCAAGAAGAACCUGCGGGGCAUGGCCUUCUUGGGCCUGACUGAGUUGCAGCGCAAGACGCAGUACCGGUUCGAUCAGAUGUUCAACCUGAAGUUCACCCGGCCCUUCAUGCAGUACAACAGCACGCGGACGGGCAGCGUGGAGGUGGACGAGGACACCAUCCGCCGCAUCCAGGAGCUCAACGACCUAGACAUGCAGCUGUAUGCCUAUGCCAAGGACCUCUCCCAGCAGCCCCACCAGUACAAGCAGCAGCUGGAGCGCAGGGAGCAGCACCUGAGGAGCCGCCAGGAGCGCCCGCUGCACCGGGCCAAGGAGGCGCUGCCGCGGGAAGACGCUGACCAGCCAGGCCGCGUGCCCACCGAGGACUACGCGAGCCACAUCAUUGAGAAGUGGUGGUGGCGGUGGUGGCGGUGGUGGCCACGGGGAGGCCUCUAG